AACGCCUCGCUACGCACCGAGGUUGACAUGAGCCAGCUGACACGUGACAUGGUCAAGAAGAUGCCUCAGCCCAUCACAUCAACUGAUGUUACUCCUGCAGCCCUAGGCUCAGAUGUGGGUAAUUCCAAUGUCACAUCCAGUGACUACAGCAGUGGUGACUACACGUCGUCAUCUCCAUCGCCUCUAGGGAACGUCCCUGCAAAAAACACGGACGACGAUGCGCUGUCUUCAGGCAGCGGUGGAGAGUCGGAUCCCGAUAGGCAAAAGAAGCCAGCGCGGCCGGGCACUAUGAAGCUCCCCAAAGCAGCACGCCACGCGGGUGCCCCAGUCAUCAUCCACACGGCGGCCAAAGCUCCGCCCCGCAGGGCUACCCAAGCUAUCAUCAAAUCGUUCCCUCCUAAACAGAGGAAAAAAACACUCGAAGAUUUCUUCACGACACCAAAGGAAAAUGUUAAAGAAAAAGAGAAGAUAACCAUGGCCGUAGUUCCGGAACCAUGUCAGACCUGCGGCAAGGAACAGAACCCAGAGCGCUUCCAUAGCCACCCUGUCCACAUGCCUAAAUUUAAGGUUGGAGACAAGAGCAAAUACAACAGAACAACUCAACUUCGCAACGCCAACAGCAAGCGAAUUGUGACCAAACCUCUUCCUCUGAUGUAUAGGAGCAGCAAACAAGUUUUAGGGAAAGUCGAUGCUGCUAAGAAAGAAGAUAACCACGAGCGUGAUAAGAAAUCGCAAGGUAUUAAUAAAGAUACGAGAUGGAAAAGCGAUGAAAAUUUACUCAGAGUUGGGCAUCAUAGAGGACCGAGAAUAAAAAAAUCUAUAAACACGAGAAGUGCGGAUAAUUCACCAAGUAGAAACACGCAAAUCACGAAGAAUGAAAUGGAAAAGGCAAGUUCAGACCCAGAAGAAGAAACUCAUGCAACCAGAAGAGGAGUCCCUUCGAACUCGUUGGCGAAACAAUACAAAUCUUCCAUUAGCAAAAGCGAAGACUUUUCAAUACACAUCCUUGAAAAAUUACAAGAAAAUUCUGAGUCUGUUGAAGAAUCACCAUUCCACAAUCCCUACGGACAGCGAAAAAGCAAGAAUAUCAUAAAUAACAGACACAAGAACUCUAGUAAUAACAUGUUAGAUAAAAACAGACACAUGCCCAAGCAGACCAGCAGAAGUGGAGGGGCUAAUGUAAUACGAAGACCGUCAACAGUUCUGGAUGUUGGGCCUGCCGAAGAGCCUUCAGACAAUGAGGACCUGGAAAGUGUGGAUGAGACGACACAUAAACGGCAGCCUGAACGUCUUGCCAGUGAUCCUAAAUCUAAUGGUCAUCGUAAAAUGACUGCCAUAGACGAGGAGGGGGACAAGGGGGGUGGGGGCAGCACCGCCCCCCGUACGGUUCUGCUCACUUGUUAUAUCUGCGGCCGCGAGUUCGGCACGCGAUCGCUCCCCAUCCACGAGCCCAAGUGUCUUGAGAAAUGGGAGCGGGAGAACGCUGCGUUGCCUCCAGCGCUGCAGCGCGCGACGCCCCAGCGUCCGGACGAGGGGCUGGCGCCUGAGGAGUACAACAUGCACGCCUGGACAGCGUCGCAGGCGCAGCUAGUGCCGUGCUGGUGCGGCCGGACGUUCUUCCCAGAGCGUCUCUCUGUACACCAAAAAGCUUGCAAGCCUCCCCCAGGCAAGGAGCCCAAAGCUCGUCCGAGUUCGACGACCAGCGGCUACGACCUGCCAGCUCACGCUACCCUGGGCAGCGCUAAGCCCACCGUGAGCUGUUACAUCUGCGGCCGGGAGUUCGGGAGCAGAUCCAUUAACAUCCACGAGCCUCAGUGCCUUAACAAGUGGAGGAAGGAGAACAGCGAACUGUCUCCAGACAUGCAGAGACCUGAGCCUAAGAAACCUGAACUUGUAUACGAUGACACAGGGAAGGUGGACAGAGCAGCGAUGGAGGAGGCAGCCUGGCAGUCUCACCUGGACACGCUCGUCAAGUGCCCCACGUGUCCUAGAACCUUCCUGCCUGAGAGGCUGGUCAAGCAUCAGAAGGCCUGUCGAGGAGACAGCAGCUAACAUAGACACACAACUCUUGCUAACACAGACAAACAAAUACUUCUUGCUAACCCAAAAACUCGCAUAAAUUUGCAGUUCUUACUAACAGAGACACAUGUGUAGGCUACUAGGCUACUUGAACCUUCCUGCCUGAGAGGCUGGUCAAGCAUCAGAAGGCCUGCCGAGGAGACAGCAGCUAACACAGACAUACAACUCUUGCUAACACAGACAUACAACUCUUGCUAACAUAGACAAACAAAUGCUUAUAACUAACACAAGCACUCACAAACACAAGCCCUUUUUACUAAUACAGACACAUGUGUCUUUGAACCAUUCUGCCAGAGAGGCUGGUCAAGCAUCAGAAGGCCUGUCGUGGGGACAGCAGCUAACACAGACACAGAACUCUUGCUAACAUAGACACACAAAUGCUUCGUGCUCACAUACAUACAUACAUACUUCGUGCACACAUACAUACUUCGUGCUCACA